AUGGCACCGAAGAAAGUGGAACCCAAGAAGACGGAGGUGAAGAAGGUGGAGGCGAAGAAGGAAGAGCCUCCUCCGCCCCCCAAACCUGUGGAGCCUGAAUCCAAGCCUCCCGAGGUGGACCUGAAGAGCAUCGUGGUGGAGUUCACCCCCGACCAGAUCGAAGAGUUCCGGGACGCCUUCACGCUGUUCGACGAGACGCCCGCCGGUGAGAUGAAGAUCACUUUCGCCCAGUGCGGCGACGUCAUGCGAGCGCUCGGCCACAACCCCACCAACGGCGAGGUGCUGAAGCUGCUGGGGAGGCCAAAGGCGGAGGAGAUGAAUGUCAAGCUGCUGGACUUUGACACCUUCCUGCCAAUGCUCCAGCACGUGGCGCGCUCCAAAGAGCAGGGCACCUUUGAGGACUUCGUGGAGGGUCUGAGGGUGUUCGACAAGGAGGGCAACGGCACGGUGAUGGGGGCCGAGCUCCGCCACGUCCUGGCCACGCUGGGAGAGAAGAUGACGGAGAAUGAGGUCGACCGGCUGAUGGUGGGACAGGAGGACGCCAACGGUCUCAUCAACUACACCGAGUUCGUCAAACACAUUCUGGCCGGGUAAAAACCACCUGCCGGGUUCUCGAUGGACUGAGGUUCGGUCGUUCUCUGACGGACUCAGUUUCAGUCGGUUUUGUAGAUUAUUAUAUGCUAAAAAAUUGGUGUGAUACUCCAUUUCCAUAAGAGAUUAACAGAUUAACAGUCCCGGUGCUGGA